AUGACGAUACGACACUUGAUCACGUUCUUCUUGUUUCUAAGUGCAUUUGUACAGACACACUGGAACAGAGUCAAUGAAGAACAUAUAGCGAACAUUGUAACAAAUACAAGCGGUUCCAUCGCUGAGCCAGCCAGCAGCACCGCACCCGACACUCAACCGACCAGUAGCACCGCGCCGCUGAUGCCAGACUACUUGUUCCAACAGCAAGCAGCGAUUGCUUUUGGCAUCGGUUUGCCACAAGCGCCAGGAGACUCCCCACCAAUCCCUGCUGGAGCACCAGCAG